CCGAGGUGGUUCUCAAAGCCUUUGAAGAGUUGCCGGGGCCAAUCCGCAAAGUGACGGGCAGCAGCAUCCGGGCUCAAGACAAUCACGCUUAAUUUAAAGCCUCGCUGAUAGGAAACCACCCGAGAGUUUGCGGCUCGCAGAAGACUCGAAACGACUCCUGCGUUAGGAAAGGGGACAGGGAGGAAGACCCUGCCUCGCAAAGAGGUGCGAGCUUCUGAGCUAAGCCUCACCAUGCCAGAAAGAACUCCUCGAAAAAGGGUUGUCAAGUGCCCUAUCUGGAUGCACGCUGGUUGCGCGUACUAGAGUGAAAUGAGUGGGUGGCACGGAUCGUGUCGCGUCUCCGUCUGUCUUUAUGGCGCUGCAAGCGCGCUGAGAGGGGACAGGCGUGCAGUGGCACUGAAGCGGGGGCAGCAAGAAAUAUGGGACACGGGAGUACGAGAUGCAGGCAGCUUUCCCCCCGCCCCCUCUCCCAUUUUGUCAUGAUGUGUGCCCCCCUUUGGGAUGAGAUGCAGACCUGAAACGUCAGACGGCCUCUCCAGGGUCCAGACGUUUAGCGGGAGCACAAUGGAAUGGGCAAUGCUUGGAAAAGCCGGCGCUAACUGCGUGCUCCGCGCGGCAAAGAGCGCUGGCUUCGUGCGGAGGCGACUUAGGUAAGAGGGCGGCCGAAAGACACCUCGCCAUGGGCUACAAUGCCAGCUGGGCUUCAGCCAACGCGAGCGAGCGCGGGCCCUAUCAGGCUGUCAGGAGCGCCUUGAACGCAUCCGGUGCUCACAUCGUGGGAAUCAACCGAAGCGCCCAUACAGUCGGGACGUCAGAAUACGAGGACUACAGGGAAGAACAAGCAUAUCGGCAUUUUACUACCGUUAUGCAGGUUGUCAUCUUAAUAGGCUCUCUGCUAGGAAACAUUGUGGUCUUGUGGUCGACAUGCAGGACGUCAGUUUUUAAGUCAGUAACCAACCGAUUUAUUAAGAACUUGGCCUGUUCUGGGAUCUGUGCCAGCCUCGUCUGUGUGCCUUUUGACAUUGUUCUCAGUACCAGUCCACACUGCUGUGGGUGGGUCUACACCAUGAUCUUCUGUAAAGUCAUCAAAUUUUUGCAUAAAGUCUUCUGCUCAGUGACCAUCCUUAGCUUUCCCGUCAUUGCUCUGGAUCGGUACUAUUCAGUCUUAUACCCACUGCAAAGAAAGAUAUCGGAUGCCAAAUCGCGAGAUCUGGUGAUCUAUAUUUGGGCUCAUGCAGUGGUGGCCAGCAUUCCAGUCUUUGCUGUGACCCAUGUGUCAGACAUAUAUGCUAUAUCCACUUGUACUGGGCCCUGGAGUUACUCUAUUGGCCGUUUAGCAUAUGUUAUCACUUACAACCUUACCACUGUGAUUUUACCGGUGGCUGUGGUAUUUCUCUUUAUGGUCCUCAUCCGCAAGGCACUGAGCGCCAGCCAGAAGAAAAAAGUUGUUAUAGCUGCCUUAAGAACCCCUCAGAAUACAAUCUCUAUUCCUUAUGCCUCCCAGAGAGAAUCUGAACUUCAUGCCAUGUUGCUGUCUAUGGUUAUGAUUUUCAUUUUCUGCAGUAUUCCCUUUAUGACUAUGGUAGUUUAUCACACUGUCCUCGAUUCUUCUGAUACCUCUGUCUACUUGCUUCUCACUGCUAUCUGGUUGCCUAAAAUAUCACUGCUGGCCAACCCACUGCUUUUCCUUACUGUUAACAAAUCUGUUCGAAAAUGUUUAGUAGGGACAAUAGUGCAAUUACACCAAAGGUAUAGUCGGAGGAACAUGGUCAGUUCUGGGGGUGCUGUGGAGGCCAAUCUGGAAUCUCACGUUCGUUCUGGCAGCCAACUCCUAGAAAUGUUUCACAUUGGGCAGCAGCAAAUUUUCAAGCCCACAGAGGAUGAAGAGGAAAAUGAAGCUAAAUCUGUGGACUCCAGUAACUACCAACAGGAGGAGAUACCCACAACCAGCUUAGAUGUAGAACAAGCCCAGAUUCAGAGGUCUGUAUGUCCUGCAGUUGCAGAUUCUGCUGCACAGAUAGCUCCAGCUUUCUCUACAGAAGCAGAAUUGGCCAAUGAAAAGUAUUCUACGCAAUUGGGCUUUGGACCUUUUGAGCUGCCCCCCCAGUGGCUAUCAGAAAACCGGAAUGGUAAGAAACGGCUACUGCCUCCAUUGGGAAAUACACCGGAGGAGCUGAUCCAGACAAAGCAACCCAAGGGUAGAUCUGAACGAAAAAUGAGCAGAAACAAUAAAGUCAGCAUCUUCCCGAAAGUGGAUUCCUAGUCAAGGAAGGAGUUCUGUAUGAUGAGAGAAGACUGCCUUCUUGCAUCUAUGUGAUCCUAUGGAUCUGUGCUAAGAUGAAAUUAAAGGCUUAUUUUUGUGCCAGUUUAUGUAAAAACCAAAACAUAAGUGUUCCUUAUGAAUGGGUUUUGUUAUGAACAUCUAUUUCCCUAUUUCACAAUACCCAUUUCCCCCAUUAUAUAGAAGACAAGUGGACUAUUUUCCAAAGAGAUUAUUUGGAUUAUUCUUGCCCUACAGACUGCUUCCUCUACUGUGAUCUUUAAGACUUUAAGUGCAGCAAGUCUGUACAUUAGGGCUACCAAAUUUGGACUGCAAAGAUCAGGAUGAACAUGAGAAGGCAGCAAAGCAGCACCGAAAACUUGGUACCUUUGCUGACAUUGAGUGGUCAUUCUGAGUUUUGCUGUAUUUUAUGCACACACGCAC